AUGGCGAAUCAACCCCCCGAAAGCAACGACUUCAACUGGUCACCGAAUAGGCUCUCAGUUAUCCGACGACGGGUCUUGAUCCUCGCUGGUUUUUGCCUACUCACCUUAUGUUCAACUGUAUUUGUCAAAGCUAUCACAGUCGAGACUGUAAGACUUGAGCAACAGGGCCUCAUAAAGCGGCAAUUUCAGCUCGGCGGACUGCUGGGGGGCAUGUUUCGAGAGGCAAUCGAUACAAAAUCUCUCGAAAUACCAUCAGUAGGAGAGCCUGCGCAGCAAGAUCCCACUACCGCUUCAUGGAUAUCAAGCCCCACAGUCGAGAUGUCCACAGUGGCAAGUCAUAUUCUUGAAUCUUCAAAGACAAUCGCCGGGAUUUCGGGAUCAAAUGUUUCUCAUGGUGACCCCAAUGAACUGCUGGAAACCUUGGCGGCGGCAGUGAAGCAGGCGAUCAAAGACUCAGAACAGCUCCCAUCCACAAUACCGAAGCAUCUUCAGAAGAGCGUUCUAUCCGAUUUGAUCGUAGGUCAGUCAAAUGCAGCGAAAUUUUCGGCAGGCCCAUCGAUAUCUCUCCCUUUCCAGACAUCUCGUUCAAACUCUAUGGGAAAUCUUCCGACUCCCUCGGUCAGGAUCCUUGGUGGGCUCUCGGCAGAUGCCUUGACACUACGAAUGCACACUGCACGAGCAAUCGCAGAGGUGUCCCCGUCAGAACUUUCGACCGAUGGUCCUUCGUUCCUGAGUGAAGUGGCAGAGAUUGUUACAGAAAUAUCGGAGAUUGAUCCUAUAGCGGCUGCCAAGCUCACAGACACGGUACUCGAUGCUCUUCAUGUGAAUCCGUCCGCCAUAGCUUCAGCCGUACCAAAGGUCGCAAAUCAGGCUUCCAUUACAGCUGCUGACUUGCUUCCGCUCAUCAUUCCUGCUGUCGCUAAGGCUAUGGACCAGCCUCUACCUCCGAUACCCUCCGUAAGCACAUUGGAUAUGGUGGAAACAUUAGACAAAGUCCUCCAGCAAGGAACAACAGUCAUCAAUGAUCUCAGCAGAGCCCUUGAGGAUAUCACUGACCCAUCGCUCCUAGGGGUUGUCAACCAGCUUGCCAUGAUUGUCAGUGCUGUUGCCAGCUAUUUGAACAAGCCCCUUUGUGCCGUUGAUCAAGUCGUGGACGAGGUUUCUUUCGAAGCAGUCAUACCUUGUGAUGCAGCCGAGUCUCUUACUUCAGCUGGCCAACUCACAACAUUGGCUGCACCUGUGUUGCCAACACCCAAUUCUAAUUCAGGAGAAAUCACGACUCUUGCACCACCUAGUCCAUACUCAUCUUCAGAUCCGGCUCCCUCAUCCAAGCCCGCAGCUGAAAGUCCGACCAAAACGAAUAGUCCAUCUCCUGCAAAUGAAGGAAACGAGGACGGGUCCCCCUCAAACAAUUGUGCUUCUGCCGAAACUACACCAGCAAGCCCAUCGUGUCCCACAUGUCCAUCUUGUGAUCAGUGCGCUCCCAAGAUCUGCUCUGUGGAGGGCCCCGAGGGGCCGAGUGCUCAUCAACCUCCUGAUCCUUCCAAAGGGCCUUGUCCUGGAAAGGGUUUCAAAUGUGUUGAAUGUCUUGACGGCUGGUUCUGCCCUCCGCAGGAGACACCAGCGCAGGUCGCUCCUUGCGGCCUUGGAUGGCCAUGCUACCACUGUUCAGAAGGCUGGUUCUGUGCCUCAACGGAAACACCUAUUCCAACGCCACCUCCAAGCUCUGUAGCAGGACCGUCCUCCAAAGAUACAGGGAUUACAGGCACAAGUGGUGCUACAACUCCAACGAUACUUCCAAAUACUGAUGAUCUUCCAGACGACUGGAGCCAGCUAGGGUGUUUUCAAGAUGCCGUUUCCCGGAUAUUACUUGGCGCCAAACCUGUGGAUUAUCUUCAGGGAGAUAUGUCUACCAAGGAAUGUAGAAUGGCAGGGAAUGUUGGUGUGGAACUUCCAUUCGAGAUGAUGCUGUGCGGCUUCCUCAAGCUCAGUGCGGAAAGCCAUGUCAAGGUCAGCCAACAGAGGCCUGUGGUGGCAGCUGGGCUAUAG